AUGGAUCCAGAAAUGAGAGAUGUGAUAGUUCAUUUGAUGAUUUGGUGGAUGCAUGUUCUUCACUCUAUGUAUCAAUGUUUCUUUGCCAUUUGUACCACUAUAGCCUUGCGUAGGAAUCGCAUUAGUCGAAGGCCAUAUACGGUAGACUUCUAUGCUAAUAGAGUCCACUUACGAAACUUGGUGUAUAACAGUGACAUUACUUGUUAUAACCAGCUUAGAAUGAAUAGAGCCACAUUCGACAAGCUAUGUCUUAUGCUUGAUGUCAUAGGAGGUUUGAAACCAACCAAAAACAUGCUAGUUGAUGAGCAAGUGGCAAUGUUCUUACAUAUCCUUGCACAUCAUUUAAAAAAUAGAGUUAUACGAUUUUAUUUUGGGAGGUCUGGUGAAACUAUUAGUAGGUAUUUUAAUUUGGUCUUAACUUCUAUGAUGAAACUGAAUCGAGAGCUCCUAAAGAAACCUGAGCCAAUUGCUGAGGAUUCAAUAGACGAAAAAUGGAGGUGGUUUAAGCAUUGUUUAGGUGCUCUUGAUGGAACCCAUAUUAAAAUGAAGGUGCCUAUGGCUGACAAAGCGAGAUAUAGAAAUCGAAAGGGGGAAAUAACUACUAAUGUGUUGGGAGUUUGCUCUCCGGAUGGACAAUUCAUAUAUGUCUUAACGGGUUGGGAAGGCUCAGCAGCUGAUGGUAGAGUUUUGCGAGAUGCUAUUAGUCGUAGGAAUGGUUUGAAAGUGCCUCAAGGCCAAUAUUACUUGGUUGAUGCGGGGUAUGCAAAUUGUGAAGGAUUUCUUGCCCCAUUUCGAGGUCAGCGAUACCACUUAAGUGAGUGGAGGGAUAGACGGCAGCCUUUAACUCCACGUGAGUGCUUCAACAUGAGGCAUUCAUCUGCGCGUAAUGUUAUUGAACGAUGUUUUAGAAUGUUGAAACUACGAUGGGCUAUUCUUAGGAGUCCUUCAUUCUACCCUGCUCAAGUCCAUAAUCGAGUCAUCAUAGCGUGUUGUCUCCUUCAUAAUUUGAUCCGUCGACAAGGAGAUGAUCCACUGGAUAUUGAGAUAGAGGCAUUGGAGACAACUACCAAUGAUAUGGAGAUACCUUAUAUUCAAACAAUUGAGACAUCAAAUGCAUGGGCUAACUUUCGUGAUACCUUGGCAAAUGAAAUGUUUGUUGAACUUAUGAGUCAUAGGGAUAAUGGGUUUAAGGCUGGAGGUUUAAAGAAGUUGCAAAGAAUGAUAGAGGAGAAGUCACCUGGAUGUGGGAUACUAGCUGUACCUCACAUUCAAUCUCGUUUGAAGACCUUGAAGACUAGUUGGCAGGUCAUAUAUGAUAUGUUAUAUGGCUCAAACACAUCUGGAUUUGGUUGGGACCCUGACAAACAAUGUGUUACAGCAGACAAGGAAGUGUGGGAUGAGUAUGUUAAGAGCCAUAAAAAAGCUGCUCAUUUCAAGAACAAACCCUUUCCUCUCUUUGAUGCACUAUGCUCUAUAUUUGGAAAAGAUAGAGCUGUAGGAAAAGGGUCACUUUCAAGCAAUGAUGUGCAUGAGGUUGAAGCUUAUACAGAGUUUGAUACAAUAGCUGCUAAUGUUGAUGAAGAUACUGUGGAUAUUGGACUAGAGAUGGAUCCAUCAAUUACAUUCUCUGACCAUCCAUCAGAAAACACAAAUGUUGGCACUUCUAAGUCUAAGAAAAGGAAAAGAACUAGUCAAGAUCGUGAUGAGUUUUUGACUGAGGCACUUAAAGAGAUGUUAGCAGCUACUUCCCAAGACAUCAAGGAUUCCUCUGCCCAAUUAGGAGCUUGUUUAGACAAGUUGGCUCGAGAAGCAAUGUUAGAUGCACGAAGAGAGGCUCUAUAUGAUGAGUUGUUGAAGGUUGAAGAUCUUACUGACAAUGAGCGCACUGAUGCAUAUCUUAAAAUGAUAGGUGAUGAUAAAAUUCUUGUUGGAUUUCCUAACCUACCAGAUAAGGCUAAGGCAGCUGUGGUUCGCAAAAUACUUUAUGCAUAA